AUGGAGUUCAGUCGCACCUGGACUGACAUCAUUUGGACAGGCACUAUAACACGACUGAAACAGGAGGUUAGCAGAGAUCAACCACCAGAGAUCAGGAUCAAUUUUUGGGGCCGUGAUCUAUACUUUAAUCCGGGAUUAACCAUUGCGUGGACAGACAGGCAGUCAGAUAGUAGGCCAUCCAUUGGUGAUGACAACGGGAUUCACUGA